AUGAACGCGGCAAAAAAAGAACAACGAAAUGAUGAUGAUGAUGAGGAGGAGGAGGAAAAGGAACUCAAAAUUUCUUGUUUCAUGGAUGUAGCUUCAUUUCUGCUAAAAUCGGAGGCUCUGGGAGGUGAUAGUCGUUUCAAAACCCAUACUUCCCUUCCUCGCGGGGAAGAUGUUCGUCAACUUCAUCAUCAUCACCACCAUCAACAAGGUCAAAGUUCAUCCACUUCCCAUCUUCAACGGGCUGGUACCUCCGAUUCACCAGGUAAGUUCUCAUUAUAA